UUGUGUUAGUUCCCCGAUGUACCACAGCUCUACUAAAUUUAAUGAAAAUUCACAAUGCAUUUAGAUAUUGCUCUUACAUAGAAAAAAAAAGUAUUGCUCAGCUGAAGUGAACUUUUGACCAUUUACCGUGUGACCAUAGAAUAAAAUAAGUCAAUCUCCGUGAUACACCGGAAUUCGAAUAAGCUUUGACCUUAACAUGCGUCAUAUUUGGUCCUUGCUUUACCAUACUGGACAUUUAUACUGGACACCUUGUAUUGAACACUUUGAAAAUGACUUGUUUGGAAUUAUUUUCCCUCGUUGUAUGCUUAUCUUUUGUAAACUCGCAGACUACAGUCAGCGGGAAUGUAGUUUCCGGAAGUGACGCGAAUAACAUACAGGGGUUGAAGCUGAUGAUGCAGACGUUACAGACACAGACGCAGGUACUCCAGUCGCAGAUUUCCGCCAUUCACAGCACGCUGUUGACGCAGCAGACGAUGAGUGUAGAUGAAAUUUGUAAAAUCAUUUCCAACACACAGACGAAUGCGGCAAAUGACCCAGCCGACUGUGUUGACAUUAAAGGCGCGGGUCACACUAAAUCCGGAGUGUACACAGUGGCACCCCCGGGGGAAGCUCGGUUCCAGGUCUACUGUGAUAUGGAAACAGACGGUGGCGGCUGGCUUCAAAUACAGAAGAGACAGGAUGGGUCGGUUGACUUCUACAAGACUUACAGCGAGUAUGAGACAGGGUUUGGUAACUUGACGGGCGAACACUAUCUCGGAAACCGCAAUAUCCAUGCAAUCACAAAAACCGGGAAGUACGAGCUGCUUGUGGAGUUGGAAGAUUUCCAGAAGCACGUGAAAUACGCGCAUUAUUCGUCUUUCUCCGUGGGUGAUGCUGCUUCAGACUACAGACUUAGUGUUGAUGGUUACAACGGUACUGCAGGAGAUUCGCUUGUGUUUGAUCACAAUGGACACGGGUUUUCUGCUCACGAUGCCGACCACGACGGGGCAGGUAAAAUAAACUGCGCUGAGAAACACCAUGGCGGAUACUGGUACUCAGCUUGCUUCAAGAGUAAUAUAAAUGGGAAAUGGGGCGUUCCUGGUGAGCAGGGAAUCAUCUGGGGAUCCUACAAGGACUGGACCCUGUAUGUUCUAAGGAGGACAGAGAUGAAAAUUCGACGUGUAAAGUAACAUGUACAAAACAUGUCAAGUUACAUAUGAAACGAUUUCGCAGACCCCCAAUUCUUUCAUGUUGUUCUUGUUGUAUUUUACGUCUUGAUAUAACUAGCGUCAUCUUUAAAACUUUCAUGUACAUAAACAUCAGCAAUAUGUUCAUACAAGGAAAAUUGUGAUGAAAUCUCUGUGGGUACACCCGCUGAAUUAGUCUGAGAUAAUUCCUGAGGCUAUUCAAAUUUUGUACAUUUAUAUUAAAGGUAAAGGUAAAUUUUA